GAUUCCCGCUUCCUGCUUCCCAGAGGCCGGGAUCCGGAGCCGCCUGAGGCCGGUGCCGCAGUCUCCGGCGCCCCCGACAUGUCCUUCCGAAAAGUGGUUCGGCAGAGCAAAUUCCGGCAUGUGUUCGGGCAGCCGGUCAAGAAUGACCAGUGCUAUGAGGACAUUCGAGUGUCCCGUGUCACCUGGGACAGCACCUUCUGCGCAGUCAACCCCAAGUUCCUGGCGGUGAUUGUGGAGGCCAGCGGUGGGGGCGCCUUCCUGGUGCUCCCCCUAAACAAGACGGGCCGCAUUGACAAGGCCUACCCGACGGUGUGUGGACACACGGGACCUGUCCUGGACAUCGACUGGUGUCCCCACAAUGAUGAAGUCAUUGCCAGUGGCUCAGAGGACUGCACCGUCAUGGUGUGGCAGAUCCCAGAGAACGGAUUAGUCUCCCCGCUGACGGAGCCGGUGGUGGUGUUGGAGGGGCACACCAAGCGAGUGGGCAUCGUUACCUGGCACCCAACGGCCCGCAAUGUGCUGCUCAGCGCAGGCUGUGACAAUGUGGUGCUCAUCUGGAACGUGGGCACGGCAGAGGAGCUGUACCGCCUGGACAGCCUGCACCCCGACCUCAUCUACAAUGUCAGCUGGAACCACAACGGCAGCCUCUUCUGCUCGGCCUGCAAGGACAAGAGCGUGCGCAUCAUUGACCCCCGCCGGGGCGCCUUGGUGGCGGAGCGGGAGAAGGCUCACGAGGGGGCCCGGCCCAUGCGGGCCAUCUUUCUGGCAGAUGGCAAGGUGUUUACCACAGGCUUCAGCCGCAUGAGUGAGCGGCAGCUGGCUCUCUGGGACCCGGAAAACCUCGAAGAACCCAUGGCCCUGCAGGAGCUGGAUUCAAGCAACGGGGCCCUGUUGCCCUUUUAUGACCCUGACACCAGUGUGGUCUACGUCUGUGGCAAGGGCGACUCUAGCAUCCGGUACUUUGAAAUCACACACGAGCCCCCCUACAUCCACUUCCUGAACACGUUCACCAGCAAAGAACCCCAGAGGGGCAUGGGCAGCAUGCCCAAGAGGGGCCUGGAUGUCAGCAAGUGUGAGAUCGCCCGGUUCUACAAACUGCAUGAGCGCAAGUGUGAGCCCAUUGUCAUGACUGUGCCAAGAAAGUCGGACCUCUUCCAGGAUGAUCUGUACCCCGACACAGCAGGGCCCGAGGCGGCCCUGGAGGCAGAGGAGUGGGUGAGCGGGCGGGACGCUGACCCCAUCCUCAUCUCCUUGCGGGAGGCCUACGUGCCCAGCAAACAGAGGGACCUGAAGGUCAGCCGGCGCAACGUGUUAUCUGACAGCCGGCCUGCGGCCCCUGGCUCCACUCGCCCUGGGGCCUCCACACCUGCUGCCUCCAUCAGGACCGCUGCCCUCGGCAGCAGCCUGGCUGGAGCCGGGGAGGCUGGGAAGCUGGAGGAGGUGAUGCAGGAGGUGCGGGCACUAAGGGCGUUGGUCAAGGAGCAAGGGGAGCGGAUUGGCCGCCUGGAGGAGCAGCUGGGCCGCAUGGAGAAUGGGGACGCCUAGGACCACAGGCCGUGGAUGCCACCCCCCUUCACCUCUUUCUCCUCUACCCCUUCUCACCCAGCCUCUGCUGUCAGGUCACACUGCUGGCUGGCUGCCCCCUGCCCCCUGCCCAGGGCCUCUGGGGCAGGUUCAGGGGCCAGUCCGCACCCUGACCCAUCCCGUGGGCCCAGGCUGGAGCCACCGCCUGGCUUUAGUCGUUACUGUGGAGGAUUUUUGUACCAAGGCAAGCUUAUACUCUGAGGGACCACCUCCCCGCCCCUACCCGGCCCCCUGCUCCCUCCCUCCAGGAGUAGUUGGGAUGGGCUCUAUAUUUUCAUUCCAAAUAAAAUGCUCUUUCUAAAAGCCA